UGGGUCCGGUGCUGCUGUUAUUCGCCAGAUGGUCGACUAUUUGCUUCGGGAGGAGAUGAUGGUUGGGUGCGACUCUGGGAUGCUGAGACAUUCAAGGCGCAGGAAGCAUUCAAAUAUAAACCGGGCUCCGCCAUAAGGGCUGUCAAGUUCAGCCCAAAUGCUGCUCUGUUGGCCUAUACCCAAGGUCCGGAGGUUUUCCUUUGGGACUGGCACAGUAACAAAUUACGCCACACCUACAUCGGGCACGUGGAGCCUAUCGACGGACUGGCGUUCUCUCACAACUCGUAUUAUCUAGCUUCUGGUUCGGAUGACAAAACUGUGCGUGUUUGGUCGACAUCUGAAAAAAAGGAGGGAGAGGAGGCAAUCGAAGUGCGAGAUAGCUUAUGUAACCUGUUGGGACACGGAGACUACGUCAACUGUGUUUCGUUCUCGUCCGACAGCACACGCCUCGCAUCUGGGUCAUCUGACCUUACUAUCAGGAUAUGGACGAGGGAGGGAUCCGAGGACGGCCACCUUUAUAGGAUUGAGAGGGUCUUGCGCGGACACAGCAGCUCGAUAUACUCGCUAGAUUUUAACUCCUCGGGACAACAGCUAAUAUCGUCAUCGACGGAUUCGACCUUGCGCGUCUGGGACAUCAGCACUCCCCAGAACGUUGACGCGAGGGGUGCUAUAUGCUCGCUCAUGGGCCACGAACUGAACGUCACAUCCCUUGAUUUUUCUAUCGAUGGCAGCAUCUUGGUCUCGGCCUCGAAAGACUGUACAGUUCGCGUUUGGGACACCAAGCAACAGAAUAGAAAGCACACUCUUCGCGGCCACUCAGACUGGGUACGAUGCGCCGUAGUAUCGCCAGAUGGAAACCUUGUGGCAUCGGCAUCUGACGAUAGAUCCGUCAGGUUGUGGGACAUCUCGAAGGAUAGGGGCAAUGGCAAUCAAGAAGAGAGGUUGUUCAGUGGCGAGGAUGCUCACAGUGACUACGUCUUUGCCGUCACGUUUUCU